AUGCAGAGGAGCAUCCUGGCCUCGGCGACCCGGACGGCGAUGCCUCGGAUGGCCAUGCGACAACUUCUUCACGACGCCAAUACGACUUCUGCAGCUCCUCGCCGCUCAUACUCGACAUCCCCUCCGCCGCCGCCCCCCGACAAGGACGCGAGCCCGGCACGCCAUGCGGCGGCCGCCAACCUCCCCUCGACUGCCGAGAGCCGGCGCAGCGCGCUCAACCUCCAGUUCAGCUUGGCCAUGGACCGGCUGCAGGCGCGAGCACUGACGGCCUCGCAGACGCUCAACGACGUGACGGGGUACUCGGCCAUUGAGGCCAUCAAGGCCGACAACGACGCCAUAGAGCAGUCGCUCGGCGCGGCGCAGGCGCAGGUACGGAGCGCGCGCGCCGCCUACAAGACAUCCAACACGAAGCGGGCGGCGACGCAGCGCGAGGUGACGACGCUUCUGGCGCGCAAGGACACGUGGUCGCCGGGCGACCUGGAGCGCUUCACGGAGCUGUACCGGACGGACCACGAGCUCGAGGGCGCCGUGGGGGCGGCGCAGGAGGCGCUGACCGAGGCCGAGGCGACCGAGCAGAGCUUCAACCAGCGCCUCAACGCGGGCAUCCUCAAGCGCUACCACGAGGAGCAGAUCUGGAGCGACCGCAUCCGCCGCGCGAGCACCUGGGGCACCUGGGGCCUCAUGGGCAUGAAUUUUGUGCUGUUUGUGCUGCUGCAGUUCUUUGCGGAGCCGUGGCGCCGCCGCCGGCUGGUGCGCGGCGUUGUCGAGCACGAGAAGGACGUGCUCGAGGGCGUGCGGACCGAGAUGGAGGCGCUCAAGACGGAUCUGGCGCUCAAGAUGGACGCGGCGCUGAGAGCCGGCCAGGAGACACCAGCGGCAGCGGCAGAGGAGGCCGAGGUGACGAGUGUCGUGCCGACGCCGGUUGCACAAACGGCGGCGACAUGGGGCGAGUUCCUGCAGGACCCUGCGCGGUGGAAGGCGACGGCGACGGAUCUGUGCAGCGAGCGGCACAUUGAUCUGCGCAUGAAGGACGCGACGACGCUGGUGCUCCAAGGAGCCAUGGCCGGGGCGGCGAUUGUCGGCAGCAUCGCCCUGCUGGCCGUGCGGUAG